CAAGUUUUUAAAUAAAUUUAAGUCAUUUUCUUUUGUAAAACAAUUACGUGGUAAAUGUUUAUUGUUGAGAAAAUUUCGUAGAUCUGAUUUUUUCGUUGUGGUAGCGCUCUGCAUUAUCGGCAGUUCAAUAAAAACCAAAACAAAAAGCAAUGUCAAAAAAAUAAGAGGUUAUUUUUAAACUUCGCAAGUGGCGGACUUUAUUUUAUUAAUGACAACAAAUGGCUCUACCACCUGAAAUUCUCGAAAAAAUUUUAAUAAACUGUGACGGCAAGACAUUACUCACCGCUCGAAAUGUUUGUAAACAAUGGGGUGAUUUAGUGGAUUAUCUAUCAAAAAAAACUCCAUUGUGGAGAUGGUGUUGUCACGAGGAAAUCCCCAAAAAAGAGUUAACACAAUACCUCAUCCAUUACAACAAAGAAGAUCCAAAUGUUUGGUUUUACGUUUAUAAUAAUUGGAUGACUUGGCAGAAUAUUCGCGAUAUUAGAUUUGAGACAGUAUUAAGUCCCGCUGACAUACCAAGAAUAACUUGUAUUGAUGUUUUUGAGGAGUAUAUUGCUGUGGGUUCUGAAGAUGGUAGAGUUAGGAUUUAUGACCAGUAUUGGAAGCCUCUAGUCAUAACGCGCCAUCAGGCUGAAAAAGUGUCCAAAGUAACAUUUUUUUAUAGUGAUUCUAUUUUAAAAAUUGUCACAGCUUUCUCCAAGGCUAUUAUAAUAGACGAUUUGUUUGGAGAUGGUUAUAAUCAUUUAAUUUUAGAAGACGUGAUGUCGCAUAGUAUUUACAAAAACUAUAUUUGUUACCAAAAACACGGAGGUCGACUUACAAUAGAGAAACUAACAAACUCAAAUGGACGAGUGUUGGAAGAAACCUGGUUUACACGAGUGUACUCACCCAAAAACAUCACUUGUAUAAACAUGUGGAACGGUGUUUGUACAAUAUUAAUAAGUAAUGACGUUAGGAAAGUAAAUUAUGAUUCAAAAAACAUACUACCAGCGUCCGAAUACCAUGAGAAGUGUCUGUUAAACUUUAGUAGUAUACCAAAUUCACUGACUUCACAUCAAACCCAUCAUAUAUUGAGAGAUGAUAUAAUAAUUGUUUUGUAUAGGGCUGAAAAUUUAGUAGAUAAGGAAUACAUGGAAGUAAUUAUGUUAGAAGGGGGAUCCAAAUAUGUUAAAAAAUUGUUCAACACGACUGAAGUUUUAGAGGCAACAAUCACUUGUAUAUGUUUGUAUGGAAAUACACUAGUGUUGGGGGUGGAUACAGGGAUUGUUUAUUUCUAUCACGUUCCUUCAUGGAAACAUUUCACUAUCAAAGAGUAUGCAAAAAAAAUCAUAAUUGGGAAACAUCCAAUUACAAACAUUGUAGUUCGAGAGACCAAAAAUCAUCGAAAAUUUUACAUAACUUCUAGUUUCAAUAUUCACGAAGUAAUUGGUGUUUCAAGUUAUUUUUAAAACAAGUCUGAUUUAUUUUAUUACUGCCAGUGGAAUUUCGUUUGUGUUUGCUAACUAUUUUCAUUGUGAUGCAAUUGAUAUUUUUAUAUUAUCUCAAUUAAGUGAUUUCUUCUAGUCGUUUCUUGAUGUUUAUUUUUUAUAUUUAACAAUCUUAACGAGUGACAUAACAGUGUAAUCAAAACAAUAAAACACAUUGAUUCAUA